UGUAGAGGAAUGUCAAAUAACACAAACGCGGCCCGCGAACGCUGUGUUCGCUCGUUUACUGAAAUUCCGAGUUAUUUUCGUUAGUUUUUAUGUGUUUAGAAAUAUAAAUUACAGUUAAGCAGUGCCGUCCGCUAAACAAUCAUGUCUGGAUUUAGUUUCGGUACACCAACAACAAGUGCCCCAGCCUAUUCAUUUGGGACUGGGGCAGCGACAACGGCAAUUGCUGGAGCAGCUGCCGUUCCUACCGUUGGGGCUGCAUCCGCUCCUGCUGCAACCGGAUUCAGCUUCGGAGCCACCCCAACUGCUAGUGUAGCGCCGGCUUUUGGAACACUGGCAAAACCGCCAGCCACAACGGUAACAACAGCUACUAUUCCUGGUUUCAGUUUUGGAACCACAACGACACAAGCGACGGCGACAAGUACCUCGACCGGAUUCACACUACCAGGUGCAGGCAUUACACCAGCUGCUUCUACUGCUCUAUCGUUUGGAGCUGGAACUUCUACUGCGACUGCUUCAGUAGCGCCUACUUUAUCGCUAGGUGGAGGAUUUGGAACAGGAACAGGAGCUACACUUUUCGGAACAGGAGCUAAAACUACAUCGGCUAGUACUACAACGGCUACUGUUGCCACCACCACCGCGGGUAUUACCAAGCCAAUCGGAUUAGGUGGUGUGGACAUUAAUGCAGCUGCUCCAAAAUCCGUGGAAGGUAAACCAGACAGCACCAAAGCCAAGGAGUUCCAAGUGCCACAAGAAAUUAUCUCCACUGUCGAACAGCUGAAAGAAUAUAUCAAACGACAAAAGACUUUUAGUUCCGACAUCGCACGAACUUCGUCCCGAAAGCUGUACAACGUUUCCUCUGAAAUCAGCCGCUUAAAUUGGAAUUUGAUCGACAUUUCUAACAGUGUAACGAACAACCAAUCGGCGAUCAAGACGUUGCGUGCGGAGACAGCCGGAAUAAUCCAGCAAGCGGACAUGGCCCAGCGUACACACGACACUCCUGCUGGUUUGCAGUUCGAGAAUACGAUGCCUCUUCAGUACUUUAUCGAACUUAUUCAAAAAUACGAGAGUGAUUUGCUCAAUCUCAAACAUCAGGUGGAGUUAACGGAAAAACACAUGCAAUCGCUGUCCGUUCCGCAGCAUUUUACCGCAAUGGACCUGAAACGAGGUUUACAGCAAAUUCACGAAAGUUUCGUUGCCCUGGCCGGUCGUCUGCACGAAACGCAUCAGAAGGUAGAAGGUCAAAAGGAGCAGUACAUGAAUUUGCGUCGCUAUCUGUUACGGGACAAUACGGAUGUUUUCGAGAUCCAAUCUGGCGGCAGUGAUGCAGCAAACACGCAACGAUUUUCCGGUGCAAUCUCGACCGGCCCGACGCCGUUUUCUACCCUGAUGGGAGCAGUAAAUCUCGGUGUCCCGAAGACCAGUCCGGAAAACAGACUGUGGGCGAGACCUUCCAGCUUUGGUCCCACCCAGAUUGGUGUGGCUGGUCCAAGUGGAAUGACCGCCUUCGGGUCUACGAUGGGAAGCGAUGGAAGUGCACUGGGGAGAACUUUUGACAGUGGCGUUGGUGUUGGAUCGGGUGCACCGACAGCAUUCGGAAGUAGCGGAGCGUUCAAUCUACAAACGCCUCCUUUGGGCAGUAAACGUAAUAAACAUUAAGACCGUAGACGGUGAGCACGUAGCUCACAUCGAAAAUAUUGCGAUUAAAGGACAACUAAGUUUAUUUAA